AUGGUAGCUGCAAGAUCUCGAUCUGGCUCCGCCCUCGGCCUGGUGUUGAUGGUGCUGCUCUGCCCGAUUAAGGCCAUGGAGGUGCUGGAGGUGGCGAUGACCACGACGGCGGACGUGGAAGCCGACGGCACCGUCGAAGUGAGCAUGCUGACCGUGACCCUUGGUGGGAGGGCGGCGUUGACCCGUGCAGCGGUGGUGAUUUCCAUUGCGAUGGCUGCUGGCCUCAUCAGUCCAAGGUACUUCGUCAGUAUGCUGUCCAGCGGGGCGACCACGAUCCAGGUGCUAUUCCUGCAGUGCCGCUCUUCUCCGUCAAUGCUGAUGCGAUGA